AAACAUACCAUCAAGUCUAAAAACGAAAUUACUUUAAGCCUUCAUUGUUGGUGCAAAGGUGUUAGGAAAUGUAACAUAUGUUACCCAGCACUCAAAUUUCAAGAUGGUCAAAUUGUUAACAAAUUUAUUUAUUGCCAUGAAUGUGAAAAUAAAUCAUGGCCUUUUAUGGAUAAUUCUAAGAUUAAUCAACUUAAUAUAUGUCCUUUACAUAAUGAUAUCUUAAAAUUUAACAACUUAAAAUUUUUAUCAAUUAAUGGAGUUCAUUUAUAUCCAGAUUCUUUAAGUAAAACUGAUGAACAAAUUUUAAUUAAUAUUAUUGAUUCAUUACAAUGGUCUGGAUCUCAAUCUGGAAGACGAAAACAAGACUUUGGACCAAAGAUAAAUUUUAAAAAACAAAAGAUCAAAAAUCAUAAUUGCAUUAAACAAAAUUCAGACCAUAAUAUAUUAACACCUUCACAAUUUCCUGGGUUUUCUUUAUUAAUUAACAUCUUAAAAAAUUAUGACAUAAUAAAUAACUUUACUAAAUUUUUUAUUCCUGAAUUUAAAUGUUACAAGAAUUUUGAUUAUCCAUUUAUACCUGUAGAAUUGUGUAAUCUUGAAUAUAAUCCUAUUAGAGGAUCUCACAUUGAACCCCAUUUUGAUGACUUCUGGGCCUGGGGACCAAGGUUGGUAACUUUUAACUUAUUAUCAGACACUGUAUUAACCUUAUCUGAUAAUAAUGAUCAACCUUCUCAAUUCAUUGAAAUAUACCUGCCUCGUAGAUCAUUAUUAAUAAUAGAACAUGAGGCUAGAUAUGAGUGGAAACAUUCCAUAGACCCUAAUAAUAUAAAUGAAAGAAGGAUUGCAAUAACAUUGAGAGAAUUUUCAAAAGAAAUUAUUGAUUUAAAUCGAAAUUAAUUAGCAUUUUGCAAAAUAUUUUUUGUUUAAUAAAUUUAAUUGACCAUUACCAAUUAUUUGUGUGGUGAGUUUAAUCCUUCCGCCAUAAAAAAAUCAUUUAUUUUUUAUUUGCUUUAUAAAUAAUUUUAUAUAUAAAUAUUUUAAAAUAAAUUAUCAUUUCCCUUAAAAUCCCCCCUCAUUUAGUCUAAUGAUACUGAAUUGGCUAAAAAAAUUCAAUUAUUAUGAUUUAUAUGAAUACUAUUUUAUAUAUGAGAUAUUUUACUGUAUACCUUUUUGAUAACAUGUAUACAUACCAUUUCAUUAAAUGAAUACAAUUUAAAAAAAUCAAUACAAUAUAUUAUUUAUGAAAAUCUAUAAAUGUUUAACAAAUAUCAAUAUUUUUAAU